AUGAACAGAACCAUCCCUUCAUUGCUCCCACCAAGGCAACUUGGUCGGGUCAGAUCCUCAUUUUAUCCCAGCCACAUCUCUCAUCGCCGUUUUCACCGCGGGUUUACUCAUCGUCUCAAGUAUCAGUUCAUCGAGGACGUAGAGCCUCUUUGGCGGUACUCGCCUGGAGGUCUUCACCCUGUUCAUAUAGGUGACCAAUUCCAUAAUCGGUAUCGAGUGGUUGAUAAACUUGGAUUCGGGGACUCUUCAACUGUUUGGCUCGCACGCGAUAAUAAGAUAAAUCAGCUCGUCGCAAUCAAGAUUAUCGAUGGUAGCCACAAGCAAAAAGAGGCAGAUAUAUUAUCGGCUCUAAGAAAUGCUACCGGACGUAGCGAGAACCAACGAAACAGCUUUUUUCCUCCGGUUCUUGAUCGCUUCGAAGUACGAGGUGUUAAUGGCGUACAUUCAUGUUACGUCACGGAGCCGGCUAUGAUCAAUCUAGAAAACUUCAAGGGUUCACCCCUGUACCGAUUCGAAAUGGACGUUGCUCGAGUCUUGGUUGCACAGAUGGUAUUAUCUAUGGCAGCGAUGCAUAGCCAGGGCUAUGUCCAUGGGGAGAAUGUUCUUCUAAGAUUUCCCUCGUCCGCGUUUCGGGAUCUAUCGGAUCAACAAUUUUAUGAUAAAUACGGAGAACCCUCCUGCGAACCUAUCACUCCUAUUGAAGGCGCAAAGCGGCCACCGAGCCUCCCUUCUUAUGGUGUGGUUCCCGCUUGGCUUGGCUGCGAGAAAGGCAAGGAAGAUCGAACAGUCCCCGUGCAAGACGCAAGAAUCUGGAUAGUCGAUCUAGGUCACUCUUUUGCUCCCCCAGCAGAGCCCGAAUGUGCUUCGGGCUCCAUUUUCGAAUACUGCGCACCGGAAUUCUUAUUCAGUCCAGAGAACAGCAAAGUUUCGUUUUCGUCUGAUAUAUUCUCUCUUGGUGUCUGCACGUGGAAUCUCCUCAGCCCAUGUAACCUGUUUACGAGCUUCCUUGGAGCCGGCCAUGAAAUCAUGCCGGACCACGUUGAUCUCUUUGGACCAAGCGGCAUGCCGAGUUCUUGGUGGGAUAAAUGGGAAGGACGCUCGGAAUAUUAUACGGAGACUCGCGAUCUAGUACCCGACUAUGCUGAGCAUGUUCGAUCGUGGGACGUUAAGUUUAAAACCCUCAUACAGGACGCACGGGAAGAAUAUGGAUAUCCGCAAAUCUCGCCCGAAGAAAAAGAAGCUAUCUACGAUACGCUUCGUCCUAUGCUUGCUCUUAACCCGGAUGAUCGAUGCACGGCGGCGCAAGUCCUCAAGUCGAAGUGGAUGACACAAUGGGCCUUGCCUGAAUAUCAAAAGCUAAAGAAGUAA